UGGUCCCAGCCCUCCAAAUCAUGUGAUUCAGGUGUUCCAAUCACCCCCAUGGUCACAGGUGUAUAUUAAAUCAAGCACCUAGGCAUGCAGACUGCUUCUCCAAACAUUUGUGAAACAAUGGGUCACUCUCAGGAGCUAAGUGACUCCAAGCAUGGGUCUCGUGAUAGGUUGCCACCUGUGCAAUAAGUCCAUCCGUGACAUUUCCUGGCUACUAAAUAUUGCACACUCAACUGUUAGUGGGAUUAUAACAAAGUGGAAGCAAUUGGGAACAACAGCAACUCAGCCACCAAGUGGUAGGUCACGUAACAUGACAGAGCGGGGUCAGUGUAUGCUGAAUGCAGUGCAGAAGCCAAAUGGUGUCUGUGGAGUCAAUAGCUUCAGAUUGUGUGGCCUUCAGAUUAGCCACAACAACAGUGCGUAGAGAGCUUCAUGGAAUGGGUUUCCAUGGUCAAGAAGCUGCAUCCAAG